AUGCGACGAAGUCAGGAUAGAAGCGCGAGACGUGCAGGGGUGCUCGGGGUGUUAGCGCGGGUGCCCACGCUGGCGGCGGCGCUGCCAGUGGCGGGGCGGCGCGCGGAGGUGCCCUCGGGCGAGGGGCAGUUCUGGACGUUCAUGGCGGUGAGUGCGGUGUUGGUGCUACUGGGGGGGAUGUUUGCGGGACUGACGCUGGGGCUGAUGGGGCAGGACGAGAUGUACCUGAAGGUGAUCAGCACGUCGGGGAGCCGCGCGGAGCGGCAGCACGCGCGGAAGGUGCUGCGGCUGAUCGGGCACGGAAAGCAUUGGGUGCUGGUGACGCUGCUGCUGAGCAAUGUGAUCACGAACGAGACGCUGCCGAUCGUGCUGGACCGUUGCCUGGGCGGGGGAUGGCAGGCGGUGGUGAUGAGCACGGGGCUGAUUGUGGUGUUCGGGGAGAUCAUCCCGCAGUCGGUGUGCGUGCGCUACGGGCUGGAGGUGGGCGCGUGGUGCAGCCCGUUCGUACUGUGCCUGAUGUACCUGACAUACCCGGUGGCGUACCCGAUAGCCCUGCUGCUGGACUACCUACUGGGCGAGGACCACGGGACCGUGUACAAGAAGUCCGGGCUGAAGACGCUGGUCACGCUGCACAAAACGAUGGGUGUGGAGCGCCUGACGCAGGACGAGGUCACUAUCAUAUCUGCGGUGCUCGACCUGAAGGACAAGCAGGUGCAGGAGAUCAUGACGCCCAUCGAGAACGUAUUUACGAUUAGUGCGGACCGGAUCCUGGACGAGAAGGUCGUUGAGGAGAUCUUCAACUCUGGCUUCUCGCGGAUUCCGAUAUACCUGCCUGGGCAGCCCACCAACUUCAUUGGAAUGUUGUUGGUGCGGGUCCUUAUAUCUUAUGACCCUGCUGAUGCGCUGCCCGUUUCGCACUUUCCGCUUGCCACACUCCCGGAGACGUCGCCAAAUACGUCAUGCCUGAAUAUCCUCAACUACUUCCAAGAAGGCAAGUCCCACAUGUGCAUUGUGUCCCGGGACCCUGGCUCUUCUUCUGGGGCUCUGGGUGUUGUCACGCUGGAAGACGUUAUCGAGGAGCUUAUAGGCGAGGAAAUCGUGGACGAGUCUGACGUGUUUGUGAAUAUUCACCAGCGGAUCGUCCGCGAGCAGCCGGGGCCUCUCUCGCGCCGCCAUGUGACAUCUUACUUGCACUCUCUCUACACUAGCACCAGCAGGGCAUCUGCUGUGGCCGCCGCUGGCGCUCGUUCCGAGCAGGCUGGCCCGGCCGAGAAGCAGGCCCUGCUCGGCGCCGGGCCGGCAGAAGGCCGAUUGCAUCCUGCCCAGGAUGUGAUACAGCCACUGAACCCUGCCGCGAACCCGUUGAACAUUAGCAACCCACAUGUGACGAUCAAAAGGCAGGCCGCAAUUCUGCAGCAUGCCGACUGUCCCAACCGAGCUACCGCGGAUAACAGCGACGAGAACCACGCGCUGCAGUCCGCACACGGCUCGCCGCAGGAGCGCGGUGCGUCCUGCGACUACGGAGGGACCUCGACUACGCCGUCACGUGAGCAUGCCGCUCGCGAGGUCAUGGUCAACGAGCACUCCGCUCUGGCCACCAAGGCACUGGAGCACACUUACGCGACCGGGUCCACGACCCACGUAGUGACCACGAUGGAGGGCGGGCACAGUCCCUCCUCCGGCCACCUUCGCGGAGGCUUGCCGCGCCGCGUGGACGCGCUGGCUCCCAGGCCUGGCGCCGCCAAGGAGCUGCCUUACCGGAAUGCAAUUGCUUCGAGCUAUCGGUCUACCAAGAACGGGAUUGUUGAGUCCAUCGUCACCAUCGAGGGUGUCCCGAAGACCAUUAUCGAGCCUGCCCAGGAUUGGGACGAUUCCCACUCGGCCGCAGAAUUUCGUCUGUCUUCUCACCGCGGACUCUACUUGGAAUCCACUGCUAAGGAUAGCUCUGAGGACCCUUCGGAAUCCUCAUCGAAUGCAGCAUGA